CAAAACUAAAGUUUUAUUUAUUAUCUUAAUGUGCAAAAAUGAGGUUCUUAUUAAAAGGAUUGUUGGAGGUGCGUACUACCAGAUUUAGGAGCUUUGAAAAAGCAAUCAUUGAUAAUUUUUUGCAGCUACAAAACCGUGUUACAAACUUCAGUGUAAUGCUUGGUGGCGGCGCUGAACGUUUAUGCACGCCAAGCACUUCAGCUGGUCCAUUUCGAAUAUUUGCAGUUGCGGGGUUUCAAAAUCGUAUUAAUGAUAUAGUAUAUUGUCCACCAAUAAUACGACAACCAACCCAAAAUGUAGAAGAUUCGACAGCGAUCAUAUACUUUGGUGGAGAUGUACAGGAUUUUCCAGAGAGUAUGGAAACGAACCGCGAUAGUCGCGGGUAUAUGAAAUACAAUUUAGAAAAUUCAGCUAUACUAUUGCGUGAGGCAUUUCCGCUGUCACAUAUCAUUGUCAUACGCCCUGUUAGAAUGGAGUUUAAAACUUUUAGUUGUUUUGACAACUUUGUGCGUGGAAACAAUGCUGGAGUGCCGGAUCAUACGCCAAUGAAUCAUGCUCUACAACAUUUAGAAAAAUUAUUACAAAAUCUAUCUCAACGCCUUAUAUCUAUACCAGAGAGCGAAAUUAUGGAUCAGGCCGCACAAGCAGCUGCUGCUGCAGCAGCAGUUGCAACAGCACUUUCAUCAAAUCUGUCAACUGUUACAACUGAUUCAUCAUCAUCUUCAUCGAUAUCAAAUGAUAAUAAUCAGGAAAUGGAUAUUGAUAUAUUGCAAGUUCAAGAAAAUAUUAGUGUUGAUGGAGAAAAUGCUGUGUUAUUUCCCAACAUAGCAGGUGCUGCAGAUAUCUCUAAGUCAACUGAUGAAACACCAACAACUAAUAGUAAUGCAUCUAAUGCAGAAAAUAUAUCUGUUUCAAAUGUAACUGCAACAAAACAACAUCCAACUACAGCGCAACAAAAUAAUGUUCAGCACUUAAAUAAUAGUAACAAUUGCACUCUUCAAAUUCAACAACAAAAUCGUUCAAAUAAUAAUCCAUUGUGGUGGCGCGAAAAUCUCAAUUUAGAUAAAUCCAAAUUAGUUCUGAUUGGAUUUAGCAAGGGUUGCGUUGUCCUCAACCAAUUCAUUUAUGAGUUUCAUUAUCUUAAAACAUUAACACCCGAUGACAGUACCAUGAUACGUUUGUUAUCACGAAUUAAAGACAUGUAUUGGCUGGAUGGAGGUCAUGGAGGACAAAAGAAUACAUGGAUUACUUCGCGUAGUUUAUUGGAAACUUUAACAAGAAUGGGUAUGAAUAUACAUGUGCAUUUAACGCCGUAUCAAGUACAGGACGAUAGGCGACCUUGGAUAAGAAAAGAAGAGAAAAUAUUUACUGAUAUGCUACGAAGGCUUGGAGCACCCAUUACAAGACAUUUACACUAUGAUAGUCAAACUGCAAAUUUGAUGACACAUUUUGAAGUGCUACAAGCAUUUUGUCAACAUAUACACCAUCAGCAACAGCAGCAACAGUCUCAAACUACAUCACAAACUGCGCAAACAAAUAAUACACAGAAUAAUGAUCAACUUACACCACCACAAGUAAAUAAUGCAAUUAAGGUGACAGCUGAAAAUACAGCUGAGGAGAAGUGACAUUAUCGUCGACGUAAUUAUCAUUAUUUGCGCAAAACAACAAUUAAUAAACAAAGACAACACAUGCUUACUGGUGUUGCAACUUCAUCAUUUGUAAAUAUACAUAACUAUAGACAACAUCAACUUCAUAAUCAGCAUCAUCACAAUCAUCAGCGCCAACGUCAUUUGCACCAGCAUCACCAUCAACACAAAUCUAAGUCCAAACGUAAGCUACAAAAGCUAUAUUAUUCGUUUAAGCUUUAGGUUAAAACUGUGCUGUUUUUUGCCCUUAAAAAGAAGAGUAGUUUUUUAAAUGAAUAUCAUUAAUAUAAACUUCAUGAUUAUCAUGAAUAUAAACUUCAUGAUUAUCAUGAACAUAAUUUUAGAAGCAAUAAGUUCUUCACACCUUUUAUCACCAGUUUUAAUAAAUCUCACUUUUCAACACACAGCAAAAAUAACAUCCGUCAUAAUAAUACUAAAAUGGUUUAAAAGUAUUAAGCAGAUUUUUAGAAAGUUAAUUUGUUUUAAAUGAAUUUUAAGUAAGCUUUCGUUAGACGCUGAAUUAUAGUGCAUAAAAUUUAUGGAUCAGAGGUUCAUUAUGAUAAUGCAUCUGAACACUGAGCUCUCAUCCUAAUAAUUAAUAAAUCAAUAACAUGUUAUCUAAUACAUAGCUUAAACUCGGAUAGCCAUUACUUAUGUACGUUUUAAAUAGUAAUCAAAAUCACGCACAAAAUAGUUUUAAAUUAUAGUUUUCUGUUGAAUCAUAUUGAAGGAACGCAGUUUAUAUUAUUAUUUUAUUAAUAUUAUAUGUUCAAUUUGCUUUCCGAAAAUUUCCAGUUUCAAAUUAAUCCUUCACUCAAUUGACUUAUAAGCAAGG